AUGAGCUUACAACAAGGGAAUUAUCAAAACUCGGGAUCAUUUCAAAACUACUCUCCAGACCAAUAUAGUCGACCACAAGGCAGCGUCAUAAAUCAACAAAAUGAGUAUAGUCAGUCUUAUACUCCACGCACCCAUUACCCUCCAUAUGUUUCCGAUAUAGACAGAAAUUACACUGGAAAUAAUUUGGCUCAGAAUAAUCCUAGUCAAGAUAUUUAUAGUAGAUACAGUGGAAAUCAAUCAGCUGUAAUAUAUUCCAGCAGUACAACAUCUAAUCCUAGGAAUGCAUAUCCAACAGUAUCACAGAGCCACUCUAAUUCUGGUCAGCAACCAAAUGCAUCACAUCUAAUGACAUCUCAAAAUCAGCCCAGUACAGGAUUAACUUAUUCCUGUUCUCAAGAGUAUUAUAGACAAGAGCAGGCUUCUUAUGGAUCUUCUCUUGGAAAUUCAUCUUUUACUAGCUCUACAACAAAUAAAACUAUGCCUCCUCCUUCAGGGACUCAACAACCUAGACGACAUCCAGAUUUCGUGAAAGAGCAGUCAUUCUCCACCUACAGUCAACGAUCAACUUUUUCAGGUUGGCCGGCAAAUACAAGUCAGUAUGGUAACACUAACGUAGUGCGAAUGACGUAUUCCAAUCAACAAUUACAACCUUCUCAACAUCAACAAACGCAACCAACUCAAAUAUCAGUUUCUGCAUCGAUUUCAUCGACGACAAGUUCAAAUAAUAAUCAUCAAUGGAAUAAUCAACAAAAUCCUAGGACUAAUUCGCAAACAUCUGUAAAUACACUGUUGCAUACGUCCUCUCCUUGGGACCAGAGAUACAACCAAACGUCGUCUAUUUAUGCCUCGUCUGGGUCAAGUCAGAAUCAACUUGGAAUCAGCUCGGCACUGAAUCAACAAUCUAUCAUAAAAAGAGAAAUGACGUUUCCUCCUGAUAGUAUUGAAGGGAUAACGCCUUUAUCGUACAAACGAAGAAAAUUAGCUCGUACUGACAUUGCACCUGUAGAAGCUUGGAGAAUCAUGAUGGCUCUCAGGUCGGGAUUAUUGGCAGAAAGUUGCUGGGCAUUAGAUAUAUUAAACAUAUUAUUAUUCGAUGAUUCUUCUAUACAAUACUUUGGAUUAGCUCAUUUGCCUGGAUUACUGGAUAUUUUAUUAGAACAUUUUUCACGCUCUCUGUCCGACAUGUUUGAUUCUUCUUUAGUCAAUGAAGAUUGCUCUUAUCGUCAACUUAGCAUAAAAAACUCUAAUAUUGAUCUUGGAGCUAUUAUCACUCCUAUCGAUCCUGACGAUCGAAUAAAACUUUUGUCCUCUUCUAAUUAUACGUUCAUAUCUCGACGAGGAAAAUCAGUUAAAUAUAUACCAAGAGAUGAUGACAUAUUUGUUCUAGAUAAUCGUCGAUCUUGGGAUCAACAACAGAAAGAAACUGAAGUAGAACCAUGGCACAUCGACUGUGAUGCCAUAAAUUAUAUUGUUACGUGUUUUGAAUCUGAAAUAAGCACUGGUCCUUUUACAAGCCAUUUUGGAACCGAACAACUUUUAGUUUUACAAAAAGAUUUAAACUACAAUUACUCUAAAGGUAACAUUCAGAGUCAUCAAUCUGAAAAAUUUCAUGAUAGUAUAGAAGAAAAACGUAUAGAAAUUUCACUUGCAAAGCAAAAGGAAAGUUUAACUGAUACCAAACAAUAUUAUCAAGACAAAAGAAAAAAAUUGAAAACUCUUAGCGAUGUGCUUUCUAGAAUUAAAAAAGAACCCAUUGAAAUGAAUGACCUCACGCGGGAAAUCUUUGAAAAAAAACAUGAUAAUUUAAGAAAAGACUUUGGAAGUGGUGUAAAACACUCCAAUGAUUUCGCAGAUCAAUUGAACUCAGAAGCUUUAAAAUCUAGGAAAAACACUUAUGAUCAAAACCAUAUGCAAACUACUUCUAUUUUCAAAAAAGAUUUAGAAGAAGAAGUUGUAGAAAAAGAAGAAAGAGAAGAAGAAAUAGAAGAAGUUUAUGAAUAUGGAGAAGACGAAAACACGCAGAUUGGUAAUGAGUUUGAAAAAAUUGAAAAAUUAGAAAGCAAAAAUAAACAAUCCAAACAUGAAACGUACGAAACAUCCACGUUAAUCAAAGAUCAAUUAAAGUUAAGAGUUCGAGAUCCUGCUGGAACUCUUAAACGAAAAAAAAUUACUGAUUACGAAGAUGAAAGUUACUCUAGGGAUGAAGCAAGCUUACACCUAAUUACCGAAACGCAAGAUAAUUUAGCACGGCGCUGUGUAUGUCUCUCAACUAUUUUAAGAAAUUUAACAUUUAUUCCUGGUAAUGAAUUAGAAUUCACACGGAAUAUAACAUUUUUAAGUUUAUUAGGAAAGCUUCUCUUACUUCAUCAUGAACAUCCUACACGUACACAAAGAACUCGAAAUUACGAUAGAGAAGAAGAUGCAGAUUUUGCUGAAUCAUGCAGCAGUUUGCAAGGAGAAAAUGAAUGGUGGUGGGACUUUUUAUACCAUAUACGUGAAAAUAUCUUAGUCAUGGCAGCCAAUAUAGCUGGAUACAUGGAUUUAAGUCAAUAUCCAGAAGAAAUAUCUAGACCCAUCUUGGAUGGGCUUCUGCAUUGGUCCGUAUGCCCUGCAGCUCAUGGUCAAGAUCCUUUUCCAACUGUAAACUUGAAUUCUUCUCUCUCACCACAAAGACUAGCUCUUGAAGCUCUCUGUAAAUUGUGUGUGACUGAAAGUAACGUAGAUCUAGUGGUAGCGACACCUCCAUAUUCCAGGAUUCAGAAGUUAUGUUCUGUACUUUCACGGCUACUUUGUAGAAGUGAAGAACAAGUUUUAAGAGAGUUUGGCGUAAAUUUACUUCACUUUCUUUCUGCAGCAGAUAGUGGAAUAGCUCGCACUAUAGCAUUGCAAACUCCUUGUGUAGCAUUACUAGUGGCUUUUAUUGAACAAGCAGAAAAUAGUGCUUUAACCGUAGCAAAUCAACAUGGUAUAGCAGCUCUUCGAGAUAACCCAGAAUUAAUGGGAACAAGUUUGGAUAUGCUUAGACGAGCUGCCGGUACAUUAUUAAAUCUUUCAAGACAUCCAGACAAUAGAACUUUAUUAUUACAUCAUGAAUCUCGUCUUCUAGCACUUGUUAUGAGUCAAAUAUUAGAUCAACAAGUCGCAGCAAUAGUUGCUCGAGUCCUUUUCCAAUGUUCUCGUGGAGCUUCGUAAAACUUUCUUUAUAGUUAAAAACUUGCUAUAAAAGUUUCAAUGCAGAUUUGGAUACAAUUUUUUGUAUCAUUACAGUUGGAUAGUAAUUUGUGCGAUAUAAUUUAGCUGUCAAUUCAGUAAUAAAAGUGAAAAUGCAAUCAAUGUUACAUUACAAGUAUGUACAAAAUACAUGUGAAUGAUAAUGACGUUGUUCCACUUAUUUUAAAAUUUUACGCGGAGAAAAGUUACAACAAUUUUUGAUUCAGUUACUAAACCUACUUCGAUUAUACAUAUCGAUGCUUUAACGUAGGAUGAGAAUUAACAUGAAGGGAUAAAAUUAAAUUCCAAUGAAAUGCAAAACAAUGAAAGUGAAGCGUUUGUUGUUUGAAUUAUCCACGAUUUAGCCAUUUACUAACAAAAAAUUAUAGUCGAUAAUAUGAAAAGAGACUUGAAAUACAUUACAGCACAUAGUAUAAUUGAUACAAUUUUAGUUAUUAAUAUUAAGUAGAAUGAAACAAUGUGCUGUCUAUUCAUUGGGUAUAAUUUUUUAUAUGAUGAAAAUGAUGUACUUUAUAACUUCUGAUAAAAUGAUUAUGUAAAAUAACCAUAAUUUUCAGGAAAUAUUUGUCUGUUUAUGUAACCAACAUGUGUAUUAGUAUCUUUCUUACUGUAUGAAUACUAUAAAAUUGAAAUAUAAAGCUCUAC